AAACCGGAACUCUCUUCCGCCAUUAAGACUGUUUCGCACGCAUGUGUUCGUCAGGACUUCCUCCAGUCAUUCCUUCCCUCCGUCUCUCUUCCUCUGUAAUUUUAUUCCUUCAUCCAUCGCUUCUUCGGUCUGUCUUUCUCCCUAUCGUUUAUUUCAAGCCGCGAUGUUUAGUUCGGAGGAAUAUUUGAGGAAGAAAACGGGUGAAUAUGGCGUUGGUCGUCUCAGUUAUCUGCAGUCGUUGGUGACAGAGUUCGAAGAGACAACAUCCGACGAUGCUAAGAAAGAAAUUCUUGCCAACCUCGCUAAUUUUGGCUACGACCCCCUAAACUAUGGUUUCUUUCGCCAACUCAAUAUCUUGGAUUUGUUUCUUGAUUCAUUAGAAGACAACGAUGAGAAAAUGGUAGAAUUCUCCAUCGCAGGAUUAUGCAAUUGCUGUUUAGAUGAGAAAAACAAGGAGUUUAUUAUCAAAAACGACGGUGUGAAUCUUGUGAAAAAGCACUGCCUCAGUGGUGCUAAUGAAGAAACAUUAAUAUCAGCCUUGACAUGUCUGAUGUUCCUCAUAACCCCAGGUUCCAAAAAAGCUAUUCUGACGGAGGAUUUCACAAAACGAAUCAUAGACUGGUCGGGAAACCCUAACGCACGCAUUAAAAACUUAGCUACCAUAUUCAUCGAGGAUUAUUUCAACAAAGAAGAUAAGGUGAAAUCCGAAGACCAAGCCUCUGUCGCAAACCAUUGAUGACGCUGACGACUUAAAACCAAAUCCGACAAAAGCUAGAGGCUCAGAAAUUCUGGUGAGAUGAAGCAGCUGAAUAUAUCGACCGUCCCCCAGUAGUUAACUGGUAUUUUGAUUUAUUGGCACGUCACCUCCAGAAGGAAGAAAGGCAGAGUGUUGACCCUGGCUGGAUUUGAACUCAGAAUGCACAGGAGUGUUUUGCAAAAAUACUUCAGGUUAAGCACUGCUGCAUUCAAGUGCAAUCCCUUUGUGCAACGCCUCGAGCAAGUGUCUUCGACUGUAGCCACAGGCUGAGUAAAGUUUUGUGAACAGAUUUGGAAAGUGGAAACUAAAAGAAGCUUUUCAAAAACACAUACAUGUAUAUCUAUGUAGGUGAAAGCAUUGCUGUAUGCUAAGCUAUGGGGAUGUAAACAAACCAACACCAGUUGUCAAGUGGCGGUGGGGGACAGGCACAUGUAUA